AUUAAAGUAAUUACAAGAAGCAGUCGAUCAUUAGCACUGGAAAGUGUCGGAGCCGCUGAUAGAACAUUACGUCAUGCUGAGCAAUAUUUGACUUUUGCUAGCAAUUUUCUCAUAUUUUUUCAACCACCUUCUGUAAUUAUGGAGUUUGUUAAUAAAGUUCCAGAUGUUUUAGCGAAAAAACUAACAUCACUUGGAGUAGAAGUUAAAGGAGUGGAGGCAUCACUGAGUGAUUUUAUAAACCUUCCGUCGGUAGAUUCAGAUGAUGAUUUUUAUCAAGAAAUUCUUAUACCAGAACCAAUUCGACAAAAACCAGUGGUCAUUGAUACCGUAAAUUUUGACGUCAGUGCAGUUUUUGUCCUCAUCUCCUCCAUGACUGAAGAAAACGGUACUAAUUACCGUUUCAGGAGUAGUUUACUGGAAAUGCAAGCAGAAGAAGAAAGAAAGUUGCCAGCAAGGCCUAUGUUGAUUGAAGCUAUGAAAGAUAAGCGAUUGAUCAUUUGUCGGUCCGCAUACAACGCUGUCCGGGAAAUAAUAAAGACUGUUGCUGGUGCUUCUGAAAAGAAACGCGCCGAAAUAUUUCUUGAUAAAAUUGAAAUCGUAGAAGACAAGUUAUCACAAAGAAUCGAACGUUUGCAAACUGGUUUAAAAAUUACUAAAAGAACAAAAGUUGGUUUUUUCAAAAAUUUGCUUACUAAUUAUACUAGGUUCAAUAAGGUUCAAAUUCAGGUAAUAUUCGGUUCAGGUGAUUUUUAUAAAGCUGUAACUGCCACAUCUAAUAAACAUUUUGUAAAUGCUGCGUCUCAACAGGGAGUAUCACUUGCAGUGAUUUUAGUUCAGUCGAGAGCACUCAGUGAACAAAAACAGAUGGAACUUUUAGAACGUUGA